GUUUCGCCUGGUGCAGAAAACGGGACAAGCUUGCACUGCUCUGGCAUUCAGCCUCCGCAGAACCACAGAGUUUCUUGUUGCUUUGGCGGACWACACUAUCAAAUGUUUUGACAAAGACACAAAACAACUGGUCAGUUGGAUGCGAGGUCAUGAGGGAGCAGUCUCAUCCAUCUCAGUGCACAGCUCCGGCCGAUACGCCAUCAGUACAUCAUCAGACACAGCGCAGCUGUGGGACUUGGACACCUUCCAAAGGAUAAGGAAGCUCAGCAUCAGGCAGUCUGUGGGCAUACAGAAGGUGUUUUUCCUGCCUCUGAGCAACACCAUCCUGAGCUGCUUCAGYGAUGACUCCAUCUUUGCGUGGGAAAGUGACACACUCUUCUACAAGUACCAGCUCCCUGUUUCUGACUGUGGACGCAGAAUCUCCUACAAGGCAUUUGCUGUCACACGUGAUGGUAAAAACCUUGCAGCCGGGGGACGCUCCAACCUGUUGCACCUGUGGUGUUUGGACAGCCAGCAGCUGGUUAGAGUCAUUCAUAUSCCUUCUCAGGUUCGAACCAUCAGGCAGCUGGAGUUUCUGCCUGACAUCUUCGAUGGAGUAGCCCGUCAGACAUUGGGUGUGUUGAGCCAGGACGGCGUGAUGCGUUUCAUCAACGUGGACACGUGUAAACUUCUCUUCCACAUGGGUUCUGCCGAUGACGCCAUCACAACAGUGGCUGUCAGCCCGAAUGGCCGACACAUCGURGCGAUCAUGGAUAACGGGAGCAUUAAAAUCUACAGUGUUAAGAGUCUCAUACAGCCUCCUCCCCCUCAGGUGGCUGUAAUCUCUGGAGGUGAUGGGGAAUUCUCACACAUCAAGAUGAAUGUUAGACCAGAGGCAGUUCAGAGACCAGCCAUGAGCUCAGGAAGACAAACAAGUGUAAAGAUGCUAAGACCACAUGCAAGGUCUUCUGUUGAAGAUGAAGAGAACGAAUUACCCGCUGGUCUGAAUAAGAAGAGAUUGGUGGCUCUGCUUAAAACGUUUGGAGAAUAUCCUGCUAAAUACAGGGUGUUUGUGUGGCGGUCUUUGCUCUGUCUCCCAGAGAACCACGCAGCUUACAGCAGUCUGACUGACAAAGGCCUUCAUCCAGCUGUCUUCACUCUGCACAAAAAGUACCCCAUCAAAAGUCACAAACUGCACAGAGGACUGCAGAGGGUUUUGUCUGCUUUAGCUCACUGGGCAACCGUCUUAGGACAGAUGGAGUACCUCCCUCUGAUGGCUUUUCCUUUUGUUAAGCUUUUCCAGAACAAUCCCUUGCUUUGCUUCGAGGUGGUGGCCACGGUCUUAGUGAAUUGGUGCCAACAUUGGUUYGAGUAUUUCCCCAACCCUCCUCUGAACAUGUUGAGUGUAGCAGAGAAUGUUCUGGCUCAUCAUGACAAGGAGCUGCUGCAGCAUCUGGUGGACUGCGGUGUCACUUCACAGCUCUAUGUGUGGCCCCUGCUGGAGACACUGUUCUCCGAGGUUCUAACACGUGAUGAAUGGCUCAGACUGUUUGACAACAUCUUCUCUAAUCAUCCAUCGUUCUUGCUCAUGGCCUGCGUGGCUUACAUCAUCUGCUGCCGGGAGCCUCUGCUGCUCUGUGGCCAGAAAAAAGACUUUGAGUACUUUUUUCACCAUCGAAACAACCUGGACGUUGGAGCCCUGAUAAAGAAGAUUUAUCUGCUCAUGAGCAGCACACCAGCUGACAUCCAUCCCAGGACAAUGCUCUCAGACUUUACGCCACUCACCAGCGGCCAGUACCCUGUGUUUAACCAGUACCCAGGAUUCAUAGUGGAGUACCAAAGCAGGGAGAGGGAGAGAAUACGACUGCAGGAAAUGGAGUAUUUGCAUGAAAGAAGGAGAGGGCCUCAUUCAGACCAGAUGGACAUAUAAGCAGCCUUACCCCAUUGUUGAGCUCCAGGACUGGUACUGGGCAGCUUGGCCGAUUCUGGCUCCCCAGAUUCUGAGAUCUACAGCCGUCUGAGGUCACUCWCARCCGCAAGGCUGCUGAAGAACUGAUSAAGAGUUGAGGUCCAGUUUGUCAAACAGACCUCCAGUGUGCUUAAAUCCUUCAACCCAAAUAUUUAUUGCAGUUGAACAAAGUUUUCUUCUCAGUUUAAACUUAUGAGUUUUGUGUUGUUUCUCAGAUACAGACCAACCUAAAAACGAACAGUAGAGACAGACGAACAGGACCCAAGUGACAGAAGUGAACUCUCCUUUAGAACAGCUUCUGUGUUUACAUCACUAGAUUGUCUGAGCCUCUUUCUCAAGGCUGUUUAACCUAACUGUGAAUGUAUCUCUGCCCAACAGCUUUCAAAACUUGAAAUUUGAAUGACAUCUGGAUUAACUGUUCAGUUUAUAUUGAUGUCAGUCAUAUGUGACAACACUGAAAUAAAGAAAAUUUGUUUUUUUCUUUAAA